AUACAGCCAGAGUGGAGAACACGCUGAUCUGACUCUCACCAACAGACACUCCGUGGAGUCCUCGUGGCUGAGGCCGGCCUGAGCAUCAGACCUCUCAGCGGACAGUGAGGGGAACAUCAGACCGGCGACAGAGGGACAAGAGUCCGCAAUACGGGAAGCUGUGUGAGGCAGAAAGAACAAGGAACCAGAGAUGUCAGGGGUCAAGAAGAGAAACUCUAAUUCGUCGGUUGACAGAGAAGAAGAGAGGCAGGUCACCGAGAGGAUGCUGUCCCCGGGCAGUGACAGCGGUGGCUACGGUCAGGAUGGAGAAAGCGACUUCAAGAGCCCCAAGAACGGCGCUGUGGGAGACGGAGCGGAGGAAGGGGUAGUCCUGAAGAGAACCAUCACUCUGGUGAACGGCGUGGCCAUCAUCGUGGGCACCAUCAUCGGCUCCGGCAUCUUCGUCACACCGACCGGCGUAGUGAGGGAGGCUGGCUCUGUGGGUCUGUCCCUCAUAGUGUGGACGGUGUGCGGGAUCUUCUCCACAGUGGGCGCUCUCUGCUACGCGGAGCUGGGGACCACCAUCACUAAGUCCGGCGGGGACUAUGCCUACAUCUUGGAAGUGUACGGCUCCCUGCUGGCAUUCCUGAAACUCUGGAUCGAGUUGCUUAUCAUCCGGCCGUCCUCCCAGUACAUCGUCGCCUACGUUUUCGCCACCUACCUCCUGAAACCCCUGUUCCCCGUGUGCCCGGUGCCGGAGAACGGGGCCAAACUAGUGGCUUGCCUCUGCAUCCUGUUGUUAACCUUUGUGAACUGCUACAGUGUGAAGGCGGCCACCAGGGUGCAGGACUUCUUCGCUGCAGCCAAGCUUCUCGCUCUCGCGCUCAUCAUAAUCAUCGGUUUUGUCAAGAUUGGGCAAGGUGGUACAGAUGGACUUCUUCCAGAAAACUCCUUCAAGGGGUCCAAAUACGAGUUCGGCAGCAUCGGCCUGGCGCUCUACAGCGGUCUGUUUGCCUACGGCGGCUGGAACUAUUUGAAUUUCGUUACAGAGGAGAUGAUUGAACCUUACAAAAACCUUCCUCGAGCCAUCAUCAUCUCCCUGCCCAUAGUGACAGUAGUGUACGUUCUCACCAACUUGGCUUACUUCACCACGCUCUCGCCCGAUCAGAUGCUCAACUCAGAGGCUGUGGCUGUGGAUUUUGGUAACUGCUACCUGGGUCCCAUGGCAUGGAUCAUCCCGGUGUUUGUCGGCCUGUCCUGCUUCGGAUCAGUCAACGGCUCACUGUUCACAUCAUCCAGGUUAUUCUUUGUGGGUUCUCGGGAGGGUCACCUGCCCAGUCUGCUGUCAAUGAUCCACCCCACUCUACUGACCCCACUCCCCUCACUUAUAUUCACUUGUUUGAUGACGCUGCUCUACGCCUUCUCCAAUGACAUCUUCUCCGUGAUAAACUUCUUCAGCUUCUUCAACUGGCUCUGCAUUGCCAUGGCAAUCGUAGGAAUGAUGUGGCUCCGCUAUAAGAAACCCGAGAUGGAGCGGCCAAUCAAGGUGAACAUCCUGCUACCAGUGAGCUUCGUGCUAGCCUGCCUCUUCCUAAUCAUCGUCUCCUUCUGGAAGACUCCAAAAGAAUGUGCCAUUGGCUUCGGGAUCAUCGCCACCGGACUGCCGGUCUACUUUAUCGGUGUGUGGUGGCAGAACAAACCCAAGUGGCUGCUCAGUGGAAUCCACUCGAGCACAGUCCUGUGUCAGAAGGUGAUGGAGGUUGUGCCUCAGGAGUCCUAAAAGGAGUCGCCAUUACUCCAGCCAGCGGCCGAUCAGAUUGCAAUAACAGUGACCUCUGGGCUAAGAUAUCAUUGACCCUUUUCACUCUCUGUUUCUCUAUGACACACACGCACACACACACACAUCAUAUGAAGACGUCUGAAGCUGUUGAGUCAUCAACUGUUUCUUUUGUUUAUGUUACUGAUAAUGUGGGAUUAUUUGACUGUUUUAGUGUUUCUUAUGCAUUGUUGUUGUUUUGUUUUUUGUUUUUUAACAAGAACUGUUUUUUUUUUUUAGAAGAAGAAGAAGAAAGAGCUUUUAUUUGUCACAUACAUUUACAUGCAGUG